CUCGAUAUAUCGAUAGCAGCUAAGGUUUUUGCAUCGCAGUUAUUAUUAUUAUUAUUUUACAACAAAAUGCGAAGCCAGCGGUUUCUGUUUGUGGCCAUUUUGGCCUGCUUUUUAGUGAUAACUAAAUCCACGCCCCUAAGCGACAUAUCGAAUUCGGAUGAAUCAACGUCGGCGAACGAGAAGCCACAGAAAAAUCCAGACGAAGACAGCAAAUUUGAUAUUUCCCCCUUCAGGGAUGACGAUGAAUACCUGCAGGAUUCCUCGCGGGAAAUGUCCGCCCAGGAUCACAACUGGGAUGUGCUGAUAUUCACGCAACAAUGGCCGGUGACCACCUGCUACCACUGGCGCGAGGAAAAUCCCGACCAGGAGUGCAGUCUGCCGCAAAAGAAGGAGUUCUGGACCAUCCACGGCAUCUGGCCCACGAAACUACAUCAAAUGGGUCCCAACUUCUGUAACAAUUCGGCCAAUUUCAGCCCGGACAAGCUGAAUCCCAUUGAGGAUCGUUUGGAGACCUUCUGGCCGGAUCUUAAGGGAGUCGAUUCCACGGAAUGGCUGUGGAAACACGAGUGGCAGAAGCACGGAACCUGUGCCAUGCUCUUGGAGGAUCUGGACACCGAACUCAAGUACUUUGAACAAGGACUCACCUGGCGGGAGGAGUACAUCAUGUCGCGCAUUCUGGACGCCUCCGAUAUCCAUCCCGAUUCGAAUAACACUGUGGCGGCCAUCAACAAUGCCAUAGUCAAGGCGCUGGGCAAGAAUCCCUCGAUUCAUUGCCUGUACGAUGGCAAAAAGGGCAUCAGUUAUCUAUCGGAGAUUCGUUUGUGCUUUAGCAAAUCCCUGGAGCUCAUCGAUUGCGAUGGCGUCAAGCAGGGCGAUGCUGUGCCCGUUGGCGUUCCCGGCGGCACCAUCAUCACCAAUUGCCACAUUGGUAGCUUGGUUCAUUACCCCAGUUUGGUGCCACCGCUGCAAAGGAAGAGCCAUUGGAAGUUGCCCCUGGUCAAUGUCUACAAAUUGCUGCAGUUCCUCAUGUGGUUCACCUUGUAAACAGCCCCCAAGUUCGAAAGUAUUUUGAGGCACGCCUUAGGAGGACUCACGGUUAACUCCACUGUUCUGAUAUUCUUCCACUUAUUUGAAGUACUGGAGGUCCGGAGCUUAACAAUCAGAAGCGAAAAAAAAAAACAUACGUUUUUAAAUAGCUGCAAAUUUAGUAAAUUGUAAACAAAAGGGUUCAUAUUUUACAUUAUCAUUGCUUAAAAGUUAACCAUUUUACAUUCACCUUUGUUGACCACAUCAAUCUGAUUAUUUUUUCCCCAAUUCGAUGGCACUACUUAAACUGUACAAAAUUGAACACUGCAAUUGUUUUUAAAAUAUCACACUUAUUAGUUCUUAAACCCUAUUUUGUUGGCAUUAUCUCUGUUUAUUCUACUUUUAUUCUGCAAAGAUUAUAAGCCUACCUUUAAAGCCUAACCAUUGAAAGACAACAUAAUGUAUGUACUCUAGAAAACAUAGUGUGAAUUAAUUUAAAUAAGUUUCUUAAAUGUAACUUAUAUUAUUUUGGUUUGAGGCAGAAUAUGUAAAUUUGUUUUCAAAACCGCGAUCUACUGAUAAGCUGAAACUAUAUUUUUUUUCAAAUGCCCAUAUCAUUUAACUUGAUUUAAACGCUGCUUAAAACAAAUGACUAGGCUGUUCUAUCUUCCUGUAUCUCUUGCUAGUUUUUAAGCCCACAUUUGUUUAAUUAAAACACAUCGAAUAAUA